GAACCGUGUCGACGUCUACUUUUCUGGAGCGACUUUGCUUUGGGGCGAAGAGAGGGAGUGCCAGUCGAGGCGAAGCGCGCCGAUGUCCUUCUUGUUCAAGUCAUCGCCGCGGCCCAAGCCGACGCCGGCGGAGCUCGCCAAGGCCAUCAAGGAGAGCUUCUUGGCCCUCGACACCAGCACCUUUGCUAAGGCUCUUGAAGAAGUUCAAAAGAAUAUCCUUUCUAUGAGACAAAUGCUUUCAGGGGAUGGAGAAGUUGAACCAAAUGAUGAUCAUAUUUCACAGUUGGCUAUUGAAAUAUGCAAAGGAGAUGUUCUUGCUCUUUUCGUUCAUAAGUUGCCAUCAUUGAGUUGGGAAGCCAGAAAAGAUUUGGUGCACUGUUGGUCCAGUUUAUUGAUGCAGAAUUGCUGUGUGGAAUAUAUUGAGAAUAAUUUGGAACUUGUGGAUUUCCUUGUCAUCUGCUACAACAACAAAGAAAUUGCAUUGAGCUGCGGUAACAUGUUGAGGGAGUGCAUCAAAUAUCCAACUCUUGCAAAAUGUAUCUUGGAAUCAAAUAGCUUUGAAUUAUUUUUCAAAUAUGUGGAACUGCCGACCUUUGAUAUAGCUUCAGAUGCUCUUGCUACCUUCAAGGACUUGCUUACAAAGCAUGAAACUGUGGUCUCUGAAUUUCUGAUUUCACAUUAUGAUCAGUUCUUUGAGCUAUAUGAGAAGCUACUGACAUCUCCAAACUAUCUAACAAGAAGACAAUCCUUGAAGAUUCUCUCGGAUUUCCUUUUGGAAUCCCAAAAUCUGCAAACAAUGAAGCGCUUCAUUCUAGAAGUUCGAUUCUUGAAUAUUAUGAUGGCACUAUUAAAGGACACAAGCAAGAAUAUCCAGAUUUCUGCCUUCCACAUUUUUAAGGUAUUUGUGGCUAAUCCAAACAAGCCACCGGUAAUUAUCAAUGUCUUGAUAGACAACCAUGAAGAACUUUUGAUGUCACUGCAAAAUCUUCCUAUGAGCAAAGGUGAAGAUGAUCAAUUUGAAGAGGAGAAAGAUCUAAUCAUCAAGGAGAUCGAGAAACUUUCGGGUCUAUGAAAUGCCAGUACAUAGGUCUGCCUUCCUAAUUAAUUAUAUACAUCUACUUUAUUUGAUUAUAAUGUUUGCGAGGUGUUCAUCAUGGCUCUCAUUCAUAAAGGUAUUUUAAUGUUUAAUUAAACCUGGUUUUAGAUCAACACUAGUGGAGAUGGGUGUAUCUUUCUCUAUCU